AUGGGGCAUCACGAGGGGCUGGGGCCCUUGUGCAGGAAGGAGUUGUCACUACAAAUCACUCCGCCGUGUGAAAGCGAACAACACUAUGAAUACUCUGGACGGUGCUGCACAAAGUGUGAGCCAGGAAAGUAUAUGUCUGCUAGAUGCACUAGUACUUCUGAUAGCGUGUGCCAGUCAUGUGGCCCAAAUGAGUAUAUGGACGUCUGGAAUGAAGAAGAUAAAUGCUUACUACAUAAAAUAUGUGAUCAAGGGAAAGCUUUGAGAGAAGUGAACCCAGGGAACAGCACGUUCCAGCGGCAGUGUGCUUGUACGAUGGGCUACCACUGGAAUGAAGACUGUGACUGCUGUCAGCGAAAUACCAUAUGUGCUCCAGGAUUCGGAAUCAAGCAUCCUGUGCAACAAGACAAGGACACAAUGUGUACACCGUGUCCCAGAGGCUACUUCUCAAAGGUUGCUUCAUCCACCGACGAGUGUAAAUCCUGGACCAACUGUACAGCUCUAGGAAUGGCAGAAAUAGUGCCUGGGACUGACAAGUCAGAUGCAGUUUGCGCAGAACGGAAGAUGCCUGCGCCAUCGGAAGACGGAACAAACAGGAUCUUAUACGUGUUGAUUGUCAUCUUGUUUUUUGCGGCACUAAUUGGCAUUGUCAUCUUCAUCAUAUACUACAAGAAUAAGGGAAAAAAGCUGACAGGGGAGAAACCUGGAUUUGGGGCAAUGCCAAGAAUGCCAGACACGCAAGGCAUUAAGCAGAUGAAGAAACUGGCGGAGCCCCCAAGGGAUGCAUUUGUUACCGUGAACACCACGAAUGCUACUGUCCCACACACCUCUGAAGGCGUGUGUCUCCUGGGCCCCGCUGGCUCUCCUGCCCCUGGAAACUUGUGCUGCACCAGUGGCCACGCUCCUUGCAGGAACGGGAGCCCUGGCAUGGUGCCCUGUGAGGCGGGAGGGAGCCUCCAAGAGUUUUCUGUGGUAACUGGGACUGGUGAUGACCAUUUCCCACCAGUUCCCACAGAAGAUGAAUACAUGGAUAAGGAUCUCAAUACCACUGAUUAUUUAUCUUUACUGAGUCGGACUGCCAGUAAAACAGUGUCAUCAUUUUCAGAACCAAUGGAGGCAGGGGAGAACGACAGCUUAAAUCAGUACUUUUCAGGGAUUGGAAGCACAGAGGACAUAUCAGUCUCUCAAGGCUCUCACCCUUCCUCCGACACAGGUGGGGCACACACUGCCACGGACAAACUUCUUCAGAAAUCUUGCCAACAUGCCCACAGUUGCCUGAAGGAAACAGGCAGCAAAGACACAGAUCGUUUUGCAACAAACUAUGACUCAGAGAAGGUCUGUGUGAGGUGUGGCAUUUCGUACAGGGAAUCUCCCAGAAAGUGGAGCAAACCCUGUUGUGCUGCAGCUGACAGUGCCUCCACCUCCCCAGAAACUGGAUCCUAUGCACACUGCACCUGUGGCUUGAAUUUUCUCUCUGCUGGUCAGAGCACCCUAGCGAGUGAUCAUGGUAUGAAAGAUGCAUCUUCGGAUAGUACCAACAUGAAGUACCAGAACGCAAACAGAAGCACUUCAGGGACAAACAGCAGCACUUCAGACCUCCCUCCAGCAUCUGGAAAUGUGACUGGAAACAGUAACUCCACCUUUAUCUCAAGUGGACAAGUAAUGAAUUUCAAGGGCGACAUUAUUGUUGUCUACCUUAGCCAAAACUCCCAGGAGGGGGCAACGGCCUCGGGGCCGAGCGAGGAGAACGUGGGCAGCCCCGUGCAGGAGGAAAACCACAUCCGCUGCGAGACUUUUGCCGGCGAUGCCCAGCACUACAAGGAGAAGUGUGCCGAUCCACCUGGGAACCAGCCAUUUGAAAAUGACCUAAAUCUGGAGUCGCCGCUGCCACCAGAGGUGCCGGGUCCAGCCUUCCCUCGUAGCCUGGCAUGA